AUGAGUGUUCCUACUGUAUAUAUAAAUCCUGACGAGGAAAUAGCUCUAUGUUGCGGGCUAAUGUUCUACCAACCCACUGGGUAUCACUCUAAUCCUCGGAGCUUAUGGAAAGAUCUUGCGCGCGAAGGAUUUCGAUUUCGAUUUGAGAAAGUGCGUGACAGGCUCAUAAAUCAGAAUAAGUGGCAAAAAUACGCUCCAUCGCCGAAAGAUACACGUACUCCGAGAGUCAGUUACGGUAAAAUUUCAUGCCCACAUAGAUUCAAAUAUUCUAUACCGUUGACGUCAAAAAACAGUUCGAAAGUUGCAAAAGCAUUUACGAAAAUCUAUGACGUCCCAAAUAUUCCUCUUCAGUGUCCACAGCGCGUGGUUGUCUCAUUCUAUGUCUCAGCUAGGGAAAAUAAUAACGACGGUCACAGUAAAAUCCAGGCCAGUAGCACUUGUAUUUUUAGGUAUAGUUCUUAA